GUGGUGAUACUUUACGUGGCAGAAAGGUAGCCGACGAACAUACACCUUGAUGAUCAUAGAUUGAAAUCCUACUUCUGUUGAUAGGACUAUAAAACUGGUAGAAUAUCUCAUAUUGAUAUAGCAUCAUCUAUCAACUUUACAAUCAACAACAUGCGUAGUCUGAUUAUAGCACCAUUACCAGAUAACUUAAACCUCAAUUCAUCGCUAACGACAGCAUUACAGAAAUCAGUUGAGAAAGCUACAGACGUUGGAUUGAUAUUCACAGGAGAACUUCCCAGACAAUCUGAACGUCAUGGCAGUUUUACGCGAUUCCAAGCGUUCUUGAUUGAAAUAUACAGUACAUUGAUAGCUAACAGGAAAGAUAAAUCUAACUGGUGGGCUGGUAACAUUGACGUAUGGUUUGAGUCAUUUUGGCAAUCAGAUUGGAUGUACAAGGCAAGAUUAACAGAUUGGGAUAUCAUGUAUACUACAUCUGAUGUUCUUAGUACAAUCAGUGGAUCGAAAUUGCAGGAUAUACCAAUCAAACAGACAAUAGAAGGACUUGAAGGUGUUAAAAUAGGAAAACACAAGCCAGAUAACGGCGGAAUUUACGAUACGAUUGCGCUUGGUGGUACAUUUGAUCAUUUGCAUGCAGGACAUAAGGUUUUGUUGACUUUAGCAGCCUACAUCAGUAGAAAGAAAGUAGUCAUUGGUGUAACAGGUCCUGACUUACUGACACGUAAGAAUGAUGCAGAUGUACUCGAAUCAAUAGAAACACGUAAAGCAGCAGUAGAUGGAUUUUUAAAGCGUCUUAGACCUGAUGUUGAAGCUUAUGUGUUUACACUGAACGAUGUAUAUGGUCCAACAGGUGAUGAUGAAGACAUAGAUGCCAUUGUUGUGUCUCGAGAGACACUAAGUGGAUCAGAUGCUAUUAACAAAAAAAGGAAAGAAAACAAGAUAAAGGAGUUAGAUGUGUUCAUGAUAGAACUGGUUGAUCAUACAGCUGAAUUGAAGCUGAGUUCAACGGAUAUUCGUAAAUACAUUAAAAAUACAGUUUAACUUUGUAUGGCUAUCGUAAUUGAUUCGUUAUUGAGGAGGUAUAAAAAACCGCGAUUUGGAGACAGUUGAAUUUUGUAGACGUUAUUCGGAAUAGUGCAGACGUUAUCGAUUAAUUCAGCGAUAGCUGAUGCAUCAGAUUUCUUCAAGUUACCCUGUGCUAAUGCGUCACUAAAUGUGACUUGUCUAGUAACAAAACACCAUUUAUAGAACCGAAUUUAGCUGUAAAAUUAUCAAUUAUACUCUUAGAUUCACUUAAUUCAAGUAAAUCGCCCUUCAUCGUUUUAUUCAAAACGCUCGCUCCUUGUUCGAAACGAUGAACAGAAAGCGUCAUCAAGCAGAUUUAUUAGUCUCUAGCUCUAGGGACGGCAGUGAAGAGGACAACGAUAUGGUGACUCCUUCGAGCUCUGACUUUGAACCACAGCUCAAGCAGCACAAUUUGGUAGAAGACGAACAGCAGAAGCUUACUAGCAAGAGCAAUCAUACACUCACAGAUAGCCAAAUUUAUGACGGUGAUGUUGAAUCCUCAGCUACAGCGAAUGUCGAUUCCAAUUCGACACCACCUCCGCAAGCUUCUACAAGCACAUUCGCUGAUGAAUCAACCUCAAAUUUCACACCAGAGUCAAUCCAAGACUUCGUUAGCAAGUCGCUUUCUAUUGAUAUUCCAACAGAUCGUCCAAUUAGAAUCUACGCUGACGGUGUUUAUGACCUCUUCCACGUUGGACAUACUUUACAACUCAGACAAGCCAAAUUAUCCUUUAAGAACGUUCAUUUGAUAGUAGGCGUAUGCUCUAGCGCAACCUGCCAACAACACAAAUCCAAACCGGUUUUGAGCGAUUUCGAAAGAGCCGAAUCGGUGAGAAAUUGCAGAUGGGUUGAUCAAGUUAUUGAGGACGCACCCUGGGUUAUUGACCAGGAGUUCAUAAACAAACACAAUAUUGAUUUCGUCGCUCAUGACGAUGAACCAUACGUCGCACAAGGUCAUGAAGACGUCUAUGCCUUUGUUAAAGCUCAAGGAAGGUUCAUUCCAACUAGGCGGACAAACGGUAUUUCAACUUCUGAUCUUUUAGCCAGAAUACUCAAACAAUACAAAUCUGGUCAAUUCGACAAGAAGCUUGUCAAAAUCAAUCAAUCAGAACUUUGUUCGAAUAGCAACAGGUGAUAUCAAUAGUCAUUCAUUCUACUUUCCCUUAUUCAGGAUAGCGAUAAAAAUUGCCUUCUUUUGUUUAAAAUUACUUUUGAUUCAUACCACAUCAAU